AUCCACAGCUUGAUGUGUUCUAGUCCACAAAAGUACUCACUAGAAGGCUAUGGGAGCUCUGGCCCCAGAGUGCUGGAAGAUCCAGCCAGGUGUCACACUGGACACAAAUGUGGUCUCAAUGUCCAGGAACAUCCACUUAUAUAGCCCUCGCCAUCUGCUGCAAAGCAGUGGGAAUCAGUGAGGAAUUGUUUUUCACAUUCUACCUUAUCAGAGGCUGCUAAACCAAGAAAAGCUAGGUCCUGUGUGCUUGAUAUGGAUGUGGAGAACCAGACGCGGGUCACCAAGUUCAUUCUGGUGGGGUUUCCUGGAAGCUUGAGUAUGAGAGCAGCUGUGUUCUUGAUGUUUCUUGUGGCCUAUAUUCUGACUGUAGCUGAAAACGUGAUCAUCAUCCUACUGGUGCAGCAGAACCGGCCACUACACAAGCCUAUGUACUUCUUCCUCGCCAACCUGUCUUUCUUGGAGACCUGGUACAUCUCUGUGACUGUGCCCAAGCUUCUGUUCAGCUUCUGGUCCAUGAGUAACAGCAUCUCCUUCACCCACUGUAUGAUACAGCUUUACUUCUUCAUUGCACUUAUGUGUACGGAAUGCGUUCUCCUAGCUGCGAUGGCCUAUGACCGUUAUGUGGCUAUCUGCCGCCCAUUACAUUACCCCACUAUUAUGAGCCAUGGACUUUGUUUCCGCCUGGCUCUUGGUUCCUGGGUCAUCGGCUUCGGCAUCUCUUUGGCAAAGAUCUACUUCAUCUCUCGACUCAGUUUCUGUGGCCCCAAUGUCAUCAACCACUUCUUCUGUGACAUCUCUCCAGUUCUUAAUCUCUCCUGCACAGACAUGUCCAUUGCCGAGUUAGUGGACUUUGUCUUGGCUCUGGUCAUCUUUCUCUUCCCACUGUCAAUCACUGUUUUAUCAUAUGGAUGCAUUCUGGCCACUGUGUUACGCAUGCCAACAGGAAAGCAGAAAGCCUUUUCCACCUGUGCUUCCCACCUCGUGGUGGUUACCAUCUUCUACUCAGCUACUAUUUUUAUGUAUGCCAGACCCCGAGCUAUCCAUGCCUUCAACAUGAACAAAGUUAUUUCUAUCUUCUAUGCCAUUGUAACACCAGCCCUCAAUCCUUUCAUCUAUUGCCUAAGGAACCGAGAGGUCAAAGAAGCUCUAAAGAAAUUGAUAUAUUGCCAGGCCACCCAAUCUGACUAGUCUCCUAUGGCUCAUUGGAAAGAAAAGACUGCCUUCUCUGCUGUCCUAUGUUCUCUCUCUUUC